AUGGUGGAAGCGGUAGCGGUGGUGGAAGUGGUAGCGGUGGUGGAAGUGGUAGUGGUAGCGGUGGUGGAAGUUGUAGUGGUAGCGGUGGUGGAAGAUGUAGUGGUAGCGGUGGUGGAAGUGGUAGUGGUAGCGGUGGUGGAAGUUGUAGUGGUAGCGGUGGUGGAAGAUGUAGUGGUAGUGGUGGUGGAAGUGGUAGUGGUAGCGGUGGUGGAAGUGGAAGUGUGGUGGAAGUGCGGUGAUGGAAGUGGUAGCGGUGGUGGUAGUGGUAGUGGUAGCGGUGGUGGAAGUGGUAGCGGUGGUGGUAGUGGUAGUGGUAGUGUUAUCGGUUGUGGAAGUGGUAGUGGUAGCGGUGGUGGAAGUGGUAGUGGUAGCGGUGGUGGUUGUGGAAGUGGAUGUGGUCGUGGUAGCGGUGAUGGAAGUGGUAGCGGUGGUGGUAGUGGUAGUGGUAGCGGUGAUGGAAGUGGUAGCGGUGGUGGUAGUGGUAGUGGUAGUGGUAGUGUUAUCGGUUGUGGAAGUGGUAGUGGUAGCGGUGGUGGAAGUGGUAGUGGUAGCGGUGGUGGAAGUAGUAGCGGUAGCGGUGGUGGUUGUGGAAGUGGAUGUGGUUGUGGUAGCGGUGGUGGAAGUGGUAGCGGUGGUGGUAGUGGUAGCGGUUGUGGAAGUGGUAGUAGUAGCGAUGGUGGAAGCGGUAGUGGUAGCAGUGAUUGA